CAGCUCAGGUGAUAAAUACAGACUCUUUCAGACUCAAUUUGGAUUUUCCCUUUGUCAUCUGCUCAGGUUGGUCAGAUUUCAGUGUCUCUCUGGCAUCAAAAUCCAGAAAUGUGUCGGAGCUUGCUUUUCGCCCUCUUGUGUGGAUUUGCAGUGGCCGUUAUCACCCCAGAUCUGGAUCGACACUGGGAACUGUGGAAGAAGAUGCAUAAUAAAGUGUAUACUCAUCAGAUUGAGGAGUUGGGUCGCAGGCGGAUAUGGGAAGAAAACUUGGAAAUGAUAAAUGUUCAUAACCUGGAAGCUUCCCUGGGCUUGCACACCUACGAGUUAGCAAUGAACCACCUGGGAGACCUGACCUCUAAGGAGAUCACCGGCACACUGACGGGUACUGUCGUGCCCUCUGACCUGGAGAGGGGUCCCUCUGACACCAGCAGGGUCAGUACUGCUCUACCACAAUCACUGGACUGGAGGGACAAAGGCCUGGUGACUGAGGUCAAGAUGCAGGGUUAUUGCGGCUCUUGUUGGGCCUUCAGUGCAGCCGGAGCUCUGGAAGGGCAACUUAAGAAGACUACAGGUGUCCUUAAGUCCCUGAGUGCUCAAAAUCUUGUGGACUGCUCCUUAAAAUACGGCAACAAUGGGUGCAGAGGUGGCUUCAUGACAAACGGUUUCCAAUAUGUCAUCGAUAACAAAGGCAUAGAGUCAGAUGCAGCCUAUCCCUACGUAGGCACGUGUGGUAAGUGCAAGUAUAACCCGCUGUAUCGGGCUGCUAACUGCUCAGGAUAUGCCUUCUUACCAAAGGGGAAUGAAUUUGCAUUGAAGGCUGCCCUAGCUGAAGUUGGCCCCAUUUCUGUAGCAAUUGACGCUUCAAGGCCCAAAUUUGGCUUCUACCGCCACGGUGUGUACAGGGACCAUACGUGCACUCACUAUGUGAACCAUGGAGUGCUGGCUGUGGGUUAUGGCACCGAGAGAGGACAUGACUACUGGCUGGUCAAAAACAGUUGGGGUGUAAAUUACGGAGAUGAAGGCUACAUCAAGAUGGCUCGGAACAAACGUAACCAGUGUGGCAUCGCCCUCUACGCCUGUUACCCCAUCAUGUGAUCAGCAGGUGACCCAGUUCUGGAUGUAAAGAUCUACAAUAGUUUGAUCUUAUUUUAUAAAAUAAACAUUUUGACCUUGA